CGAUCCAGAAAUUACUGGAGUGUUGCACCGCGCAAAACAUUUCAGCAGCGCAGCUGAUGGAAACGGGGUCCGCUAGACAUGUGCGCGAACGUUUUCGGCGCGUUGAAAAGCCUGUUUAGGAAACCCUUUGAUGGUGGGAAGAGGACGAUGGAUCAUGGCAGUCAGCAGCCACAGACUCCGCAGAUGCCAGGACCCUUCACAGGUUAUGCAGGACCCCAGGGCCCAUACCCCGGGCAGCACCCAGCCCUGUUACGCCUGGACGAGGUGCAAAGGGAGAUUGCCACCCUGGGCCCACAGGUGUGCUCUUACAGCGGCCUGCAGAGCGACAGGGAGUACAAACGAAUGGAGCGAGAGCUGACCCGAUUACUGCUGGAGAUCGAUAAGGUGGAGACGGAGGGCCGGCCGGAGCUUCAGCAGGCUCGGAAGCGUGCGGCAGGAGAGGUGGAGGGUCUGCUUCGCUACCUGGAGGGCAACGCUACGCAUCCGUCUCGGCUGGCCAUUGAGGAGCUGACCCAGGAGGUGCAGAACUUGCUGAAUGAAGGGGUUGUGGGGCCGUUCCGGCAGGGCCAGGCUCAAGAUGCCUUUGAGAUCAGUGAGGAGCUGGUGGAGGCUGUGCAGGACGUGGCCAUGCGGCUGGCUCAGGUUAAGACGGGUGGAAGUGUCCCUCUCAGGAAGGCCCGUUACAAAGCGCUGACACGGGUCUGUGCCGUACAGGAAUUACUGGAGGGUCGUGUCCGCACUCAAACGCUGGCGCUGCCGUUGUCCGAUGACACGCAUGAGGCUGUGCAGCAUAUUAAUCAAGUCAUGGCGCAGGUGAGUGGUGCCCGGUGCCAGGAAGUGGCUCUGCUGAUGGGUCUGAGUGGGCGCGAUAGCUGUGCCCACCUGGCGAGGAUCCUUACAGAGCUGUUGGUUGAACUGGACGCCCUGGACGUGUCUAGUAAUGCUGCGGUGAGGAACUACAGAAAACAAGUGGUGGAGGAGAUCAACGGUCUGCUAAAACAUCUUGACCUGGAAGGAGAAGGAGAGGACACAUGCAGGUAUGAUCUAGCGCAGAAUGACUCGAUCCGUGAAAUUGAGGCGAUCAGGGGCCGCGUCUCAGUGCUGCGGGAGGAGGUGCUCCGGCACGGUGCUGCAGGACAGGGGACGGAGCUGCAAGGUCUCCUCACGCACCUGGAUCAGGUGGGCACGGGGCGAAAUCCCUGCAUCCGGGAGGCGCGGCGCAGGGCCGUGCUGGAAGUUCAGGCACUCAUCACCUUCCUAGACCUCUGGGAAGCCCUCGGACGGCGUAACCCCGGAUCAGACGAGCCUCCGCCUCAUGCAGCCGUGUGGCGUGUCUUAGCCAGCCUGUGCGACCUGCAGGCUCAGGCUUUGGGCUUUGACGGCAAGAGGGCUGACAAGAGCUACAUGGUAUUAGAGGAGCUACUGACCAAACAACUUCUGGCUCUUGAUGCUGUGGACCCUCAGGGUGACCAGGGGACCAAAAAUGCCCGUAAGCAAGCUGUUAAACAUGCCCAGAAUAUCCUUAGUUACCUGGAUAUGAAGACAGAUGAGUGGGAGUACUGAGAGGCCCAUAAAAGAGACUGGGAAUACGGAGCUGCAAGGAAAAAGGCAAAAAGUUUUUUGCCUCUUGUGCGACAUAUGAGGACACGGUCGUGCCGAGGAUACAGGCCAUGGGAGGAAUUUUUAAUUUGUAUAUAAAAGACUGUAUCGCCGUGGGCAGCGAGACUGUUACCCAUGAUGCACUGCACCUGCUGCUUUUAUUGGUCCAUUACUGGUCCCUGAAAGCUGCCUUUCUCCUAGCAGAAGGAAACAUGGUUUCUACUGCAUAUGAAGCGUUUGUUUUCAUGACAAUAACCCAUGAUCUUUUUAGUUGAAUCUGUGCUGUUGAUUGGUGUGGUGUGGUGUGGAGCACAUUUCAGUCUUUAUCGCUGUGUGAGUACAUCAGCUCUAUAAACAACAACUGACCCAAAGGGAACAAUAUUUUAGUAUUUCCUUGUAUCUUCUACAUAUAUGUCCCAGUUUAUGUUAAAGGGAUAGUUCACCCAAAAAUAAAAAUUCUGUCAUUAAUUUUACAAUAGAUUUGAGUGAAUAAACAUUGGUUUGUGACAUCAGUUUAAAGGUGAAGUGUAAUUUCUGUGCCGUUUGUGUCAACAAAUGGACAGUGUUUAUAUACUUUUUAGGGUAUUUAACAUGAAAUGACACACUUCACCUUUAAAGAAGACUCAAUGACAGCUAAAAAAAUCAAUCAGACUUAUAAACCUUCCUGCAGUUUUGUCAGAUUUCAUAGAGGACUGUGACCAAAAUGCAAUGAGGUAUUGUCUUUGGAGACGUUUCUUUUUACUAUGGAGGACAAAGAAUGGAAACUAGUUCACAGGGUUUCUUGUCUUCUCCAUUGGUUUUUUGCUGUUAGGCAAAAAGUGCCUGUGCAAGCGACUAGGGAAUCAAGCAGAGACUGAAAGUGUGUGUGUCUGUGAUUGUUAAAAAAAAACAAAAAGUGGUGCAUGCUAUUUUGGUGGUGAGACUGAUCAAAGUGGACAGGGGCGUUCUAGGACAUUUUCAUCGGAGCGGCAGGGAAAGACAGCAAGCUAUCAAACAAACUCAAACACUGUGGCUACAUUCACACAGAUCAAUGUGACCCAAAUCUGAUUUUUUUUUUUCUGUUACAAAUGCUAGAUCUGGGGUUUUGGGAUGACAGUACUAGUAUGAACCAAUAUAGAUUUUGUUUACUUUCAUAUGUGGGUAUAAAAUCGGAUAAAGUGAGUCCCCAUGUGACUUUAGUGUGAAUUUAGAGGGUUUUCAUCAUAUUUGCACAUUGGAUUUACCCUUGGUUUGACUCAAACAAAUGUAUGAAUUACAAUAUAAAAGUACUACACAUAAA